AGCAACAUGUGAUUUUUGUCUAUAUGACCGCCAUGGAAGCGGUGACGUCUGUGCGCAUCGUGGACGCGCACCUGUUGCUCGGUGUUUGACGCGGCGACCUGCGGAGACUGAAAAGUUUCCGUUUGUUCCGGGACGACGGUUUAUUUGGCAAAGCUGGAAGUCGGUGAGCUCGCAGGGAGAAGGGAACGAAGGGAAGACUGGGAAAAUCCUGCGCUGUUGGUCUUGACUCUUGAGGAUGGUGCAGAACAUGGAGAUCAACGUAUCGUUGCUGACUGAGUCAGAGCAAGAAUUCAUACUAGAAGUCCUUCGACGAGAUGAGGAGCUGAGGCGCUUGGAGGAGCUGCGUGUGAAGAAGCUGAAAGCCGAGCUGCUGGAAAUCAAAAGAAAGGGUGCAAAGCGUGGCAGUGGGAAAUACAGCGAGCGCAGCUGUGGCCGCUGCCAAGAGCCUAUGGGCCUUCUGACCCGCAGUAGCCAGUGCAGAGUAUGCAAACAUCAGAUUUGCAGAAAAUGUCAAUCUGUUCGACCCAACGGAUCUUGGAUGUGUGCCGUGUGUGCCAAAGAGAUAGAUCUGAAGAUGUGCACUGGAGACUGGUUCAAUGACGGGAGGGUUAAUCGCUAUUCUGCAGCUCCUGGACACGACUUAGUUCGAGUUUCCCUCAGGAAAAGGCCUCUGAGUAAAAAGCAUGAGACAGCUGGGGAAAUGCUGUUAAACAGAGCUGAGUUGAAUUCCAGCCAAACUGUUCCUGUGCCCAAACCAAGAUUGAAAGACAUUGCACUAGCAAAUAAGAGCUCACCCAUUGAGACUUAUGAGGGACUUGAUGUGCAAGUGCAACAGCGUAGUGACACAGAAUCAAUAGAAAAAGCCAGUCUGGGCAGCAGCCUUGCCGGGACCGAAUCAUCCCAAAGUACCCCCCUAAUGCAAAGAAAAGAGAAACCGACAGCCAAGACUAGUCCAGCAGGCUCUGCAGUGUCCAUCUUGAUGGUCCCCACUAACAAUGAAAGCCAAUCUACCAAUGAGGCCGCCUCAUUAAUUCAUCACAUGAAUGCGUGUUCUGACUCGCUGCGUGAUGCGGAUAGGCUUUUCAAGAAAAGUGUUAGAAGAGUGCACAAACUAUCAGAUAUUAAACCAGCCUCCACACUUGACUUGCGUAAAGAUGGGACAGAAAAUGCUGCACCCUCUAUGGGAGACAGAAGCCAGUCCGUUCCUGGCCUUAAUGCUGAGGAUGAUGAUGAUGAGGAGGAGGAGGAAGAUAUUGAUAACUUGGUGAAUAUACACAGGCAGAAAUUAGGUGGUAGCUCGGGAAGUCUCGGAGGCUACUCAAGGGCCACUCUUGGUAGUACAAUGAGUGUGUACAGUGAAGCAGGAGACUACGACCGUGUGGAAGUGAGUGGGGAUAUUCUCUUCUCUCUCAGCUAUGAUGAGCCGAGCCAGAGCCUGUCUGUUGUGGUCCAUGAGUGUAAAGGACUAGCUUAUGCUGAUGCAGCAAAAAAGAAGUGCAACCCAUAUGUCAAGGCUUACCUCCUCCCAGACAAGAGCAAGAAGAAAACCUCAAUCAAACGUAACAUUAACCCCAGUUUUAAGGAAACACUGAAGUAUUCCAUCAGCCGUACCCAGCUGAUGACUCGAACACUGCAACUCUCAGUUUGGCACUACGACCGUUUUGGCCGCAAUGCCUUUCUAGGUGAGGUGGAGGUACCAAUGGAUAGCCAUGACAUUGACUCUGCACAUCUAGAGUGCAUGGCUCUUAGAGGAAAGGCAGCUGCCCAGCCAGCAUCUCCAUUCGAUCAGUACAAAGGAGAGCUGGUGAUUUCACUGAAGUAUGUCACAGCAAAUAAGACACAUGCAGAGAACUCUAAUGGAAAAGGAAAAAAGACCAUACCCACGGAUGGUGCGGAGCUGCACGUGUUGAUCAAAGAGGGCAAAAAUUUGAUGGCCAUUAAAACUGGAGGCACAUGCGAUUCCUUUGUGAAAGGGUAUCUGCUGCAAUCAAAGAGCAAGUCUUCCUCAAAGAAGAAGACUCCGCUAGUGAAGAAGACAAGGAACCCAAAUUAUAACCACACAUUUGUGUUCAACAACCUGAGUCUGGAGCAGCUGAAGGAUGUAUGUCUGGAGCUCACUGUCUGGGACAGAGAGACCCUGUCCAGCAAUGACUUCCUGGGAGGAGUUCGCCUCAGCUUGGGAAGAGUGACUAUUAAGGAAGGAAAGGAAGAAUGGGUGGCAGACUCCACAGGGGAGGAGAUCUUGCUGUGGAAGAAGAUGAUGCAGUAUCCCGACUCUUGGGCAGAAGGCACUCUUCCACUGCGCUCGUCCAUGGGAAAGGGCAAGUAAGGAUGCUCCCCAAUAGCCCCCAAGCCAUAAUAAGGAAAUGGGUUUCCACAUUCCAUAACAUAGUAAUAUUUUUUAAGUCUUUUUAGGUUAAUGCAUCUUUUAUAUUUUUUUAACAUUUUAAGGCUGUUCACAAAUAAUGAUGUGAAAAUGUGCAGUGUGUAUAUGUUAAUUAUAUUUAUUUCGUAUAAACAUUGCAGCUAAAGGGAUGUUUUCAAAUACAUGAUUUGAAUGCAGUUCUUAAAAAUGAACGCUUGGAGACAUUAAAUGUUUUAGUUUGAAUAACACUUUGGUUUUUAAAUGUGCACUUAAUGUAAAACGAAAAUGUAGAUUUUUAACACAAUGUAUUUUAAUGUUAUAAUGCUGAUUGACCUCAUUGUGAACACCUUCUUUUUAUGAGCUACACGAAAGUACCAGCAUUUAAUAAAUCUCUUUUUUUUUUUUAAGAA